GAUAACCCACAAGGAUGGUUUCGAUAUGAGAACCCAUAAACAAAUAUGAUUCCUUCCUGUGGUGCCAGUAAAGCAUAGCCUAUUUGGAUGGAUGGAGAGAUGGAGAGAGAGAGGGGGGGAGAGAGAGAGAGAGAGAGAGAGAGAGAGAGAGAUGUUUUGGCUUUCAUCAGUCACAUCUCGCUGUGGGAGGGGGAUUGAAGCUGCUGCCUCGGAGCUCUCCUGUAACAGAGACAGUAGACACGGCACUGACUCACGCUGACGAUCCGCACACUGCACAUUUCAGACUCUACCUGACCCGCAGCUGAAGAGCCGGCCGACAAGAGGAGGAAGAGGAUGGAGACGUGAAGGAACUUUCCUCUCAUUCGGGGCUGUUUUCAAUCCGCUCUCCUUUGGCAGCAUCUCCGCUUUAAAUUUGGACUUAAAAACUAAGGCAGAAUGUAUGUUAGCGAUUCACAAACACCAAAUGGGGGUGAGUUGAAAAAUCACUAAGACACCAGCUGAGCGUGUCGAGGAUCGGGUGUUUUAUCUUCCCUGCUAAUCGUGGACGAGACAACUUCGUUUUUUUUCUUCUUCUUAAACAUCAUCCGAACCUCGUUUCCUCCUCCACUACUACAAUCUUCUUCUCGCCUCUCUCAUCCAACCGUCUUCACUUGAUUUGAAAAAUAAAAUAAAAUAAUCAUCCACCAAGGAGAGGAGACUACACAGUCUGCCUGCCAGCGGUCAAAGGGAAUCAAAACAAUCAGCAGCUCAGGACUGGACCCUUCACAAGGAUGCUAAUCCAGCACAGAGACUACUAGACGGUCCAAACAGCCGCUGCCAACAUGUUUAGACGAGGUUACGGUGGGGUGGAGCUACUGUUGGUGCUGUGGGGCCUGGAUCUCUCUCAACCCUGCCCUCGCCACUGCAUCUGCUACACUUCACCGAGCACCGUGUCCUGCCAGGCGCACAACUUCCACGCCGUGCCCGAGGGCAUCCCGGCCCAGAGCGAGCGCGUCUUCUUGCAGAACAACAAGAUCCAGCGGCUACUCCGCGGCCACUUCUCGCCCACCACCACCAUGCUGUGGCUUUACUCCAACAACAUCUCCUACAUACAACCUUCCACCUUCCACGGCUUCGACCGCCUGGAGGAACUCGACCUUGGGGACAACAAGCACCUAAACGCCAUCGCCGCCGACACCUUUGUGGGCCUGGGUCGGCUACACGCCCUGCACCUAUACCACUGUGGCCUGACCAGCCUUCCUCCGGGAAUCUUUGCAGGCCUACAAAAUCUCCAGUAUCUCUACCUACAGGACAACCAGUUAGAGUUCCUAGAGGACGAUCUGUUCAUCGACCUGCUGAACCUCAGUCAUCUCUUCCUGCACGGAAACCGGCUGUGGAAUCUACGGCAGAACACGUUCCGAGGCCUGGGGGUUCUAGACCGGCUCCUCCUCCACCAGAACCAGAUCCAGUGGGUCGAUCGCCAGGCUUUCCACGACCUGCGGCGCCUCACCACCCUGUACCUGUUCAACAACUCCCUGACAGAGCUAUCUGGCGCCAGCCUGACUCUGCUGCCGGCUCUGGAGUACCUUCGACUCAACGACAACCCCUGGGAGUGCGACUGCAAGGCACUGUCGCUUUGGGAUUGGCUGCGGAGGUUCAGGGGCUCCACCUCGACUCUGAUGUGCGUCUCGCCACCGGAGUUGGCGGGGAAGGACCUCAAAUCGCUCAAGAAAGAGGAGCUGCCCAGUUGCAUGUCGGGGGAAGGUCAUGCACGCGGCGCUCCCGGUGGUGAGACGGAGCACGGAGAGUCUUUGAACCACCUGAACCGACACAGGAAUCAUCACAACCACCACCAGCGGCCGUACUUGCCACACGGGGACCAGUACAGCCUGCCUUCACCCUCACCCCUGCCACGGCCGACCAAGGGAGGCCGCAGAAACUGCACGCGCCGGGGCCGCAAGGCGAAAGGCGGCCUCAAUGACGUGCAGGUGCUUCAGGAGGGGAUUGACAAAGACUAUGCUCCAGACGGAGGUAAAUAUGACAUGUCCGGAUCUGCGAGACGGAAGAACAAGUGCAUCCCCAGAACUUCUGUCGGCCCACCAAGUGGGGUCCAGAGAGCCAAUAACAAAGCACAGGCACACCUUGCAGAUUACAUUACCGGUUUCUCAUCAGCUCUGCUGCUGUCACUCUACUUUGUGAUCCCACGCUGAGACAGGAAAUGGACACUUUUGUGCAGGUGAUGCAACCUUAUGAUUCAUUCUCCAGAACCACCCUGCCCCGACUCUUUAAAAAGAGGCAUGUGUGCACAACCGUGUGUGUACAUGACUGUGUAUAAAGAACAUUAUUGCCUAUCCCUGUGGUAUUAUUGCAGGGAUCUUUACGAGUCAUAAUCGAUACAUGGAAGUCAGGGAAAACAAUUUAGCCCAUUGCUUUGAUGAUGUCACCAAGGAAAAGAACAGGAAAACUUUACUUUUGUCUCCGUGGCAUCGAUUCCUCCACUGAACCUAUGUACAGCCGCAUAAAAUAACAAGCCAAUAAUCCAUUCAAAUAACACCGAGAACAAAACAGUUCACGGCUCUGUCUCCAUGUUUAGCCUCCUCGACACAAUAAUACUCUUUCAUUGCAACCUCCAUCUGCCAGUCACUCCGAGACAAAGGCGCAGUCAUUUCCAACAAUCACUCUGCUCACUCAACGGCACCUUAAGAUCACGAAACAAAACACUGCAGACACAAGUGGCAGUAAAAUGAGUCACUGUGAAGCAUUUUCGCAGUAAUAACUAUAAUCACCAUAUAUCCACAGAUAAAAUGGAUUCCUUCCAUGUCACAACAGUUUUAAUGCUCAGUUGUAUCCUGGGCUUUUAGUCGGAAUUCUAAAACAAAAACAGUGAAAUUGCGGCACCUCUAUGUAACUGACAAUUCCUCACAUGAGUCCUGUUGAAAACCAUCAUCUGUCCCUGUUGUUGCAUCCUGACGUAAAAAGCCAUUCAGAACCAACCGGUCAUUCUCAGAGCGAAAAACGGUCCCAGUCAGUGUAAGUGAGUUUGUACGAGUGUGAGUUCACAAAUUUAAAAAAAAUAAUAAUUAAAAAUUAAAAAAAAAAAAAAAAAAAAAAAAAAAAAAGCACAAAAGCCAUGCGGGUAGAACUAGCAAGAGUGCCUAACGAAAGCCUGAUUCAAAUAAGGACGAGAUACGGAGGCGAGAGGCAGUUCCAUUCGCUCUUUGACCUCAACGGACACAAAAGAGAGGCCCCGAAUGAGCCUGAAAGGUAAAACGUCUGAUUCCACAAAACUGAUAUGCACUUUUCCGUGGAGAGAUUAUUCAGUCUAAACAUGAAGGUUUCAAAUGCUGGACAAAAUAAAGGAGAACUGAUGAUCACAACACAUCUCCUGCAAAGAUAAACACUCAAGACUUGAUGAUCACCGGAAAGCAAAGGGACUGACAAACUACUUCGUUUGUCCUCUCUGGUUUGGUUAAAACACAAAAAAAAAAAGGAUGGACUUGAUGCUCCGCAAGCCCUGAUUGGAGAGCUGGAUUUUAAUGCUGCUACGUGUGAGGAGAAAGAAUCCCACUGAACCUUUCCGGAGGCCGAGGACUUGUCUUCAGGAAACAACAAGCACAGAGAGGACCGCGGGACACGUUGCCCUUUAUGAACUUAGGUUCAAGAGAGGAGAGGUCCAAGCGUGCACCCCUCUUACGAAGCCCAAUCAAUCACCUUCACAGCCUUCCUGUCCCACUGCACACUUCUAACCCGUCAGUCCAGAGCAGAGCAGAGCAGCACAGACGCUCUCCAGGCUUUGACUUUGGCCUUUCUGAAGUAUUAUUUCACCACCCUAAACUGCUCGAUUACAAUACGUGAAACCUGUACAGAUACGCACGAGUCAUCCGGGUACCUUAACUACAGAGUGAUGCUAAAGGCCUCCUUCAUUCUUAUGGCAUUACGAAGUUGUCAAAUCUAUUUUAAAAGCCGAGCAACACUUGGAUGCAGAAGAUGACCUAUAGAUUAAAAAAAAAAAAAGCUCAAACGAAACUAAAUAAAUAAGCACAAAAAAAUUAGUGGCAACCCAAAAACACCUGGUUCAGGUGCGGAUCCGAGAGCAGGGGGGCCGCAUCAUUUGUAUCUCGCCCGCAAGCGUCUUAACCUGCUGAGAGAGCCGCCUUUUCGUGUCCAUCUAUCUCGGUGUCGGGGGGGGGGGGGACGUGCAGAAGCCUGGUGUCAUCCUCCCCUGACAUGUAGGAUUAGAGAUCCCUACUGGUGAACUUGUUUGUGCUGCUGUGAACCCAGAGGUGAUGUAAAUUGUGUCUGUUUAUUCCUGUGAGGAUGACUUUUGUAAAAAAAAAUUAAAAAAUAAAAAUAAAAAAAUAAUAAAAAAAUAUAUCUAUAAAUAAAUAAAUAAAUAAAGAGACAGAGAGGGGGGAAAAAAUGAGAAACUGACUCUCGGUUGUGUCUCACUGGUUCCCUUAAAAAUAAACAGGGAGCUUGAGGCUGGAACUUUAUUAUUUUUUUAAAUAUGAUUAUUAUCAUUAUUACUUUCAGUCUGUUUUUUUUUGGUUUUGUUUUGUUAUGCUGGCUCAAUUGAAGAUUAACGGUACACUGCGCUGCCCCAGCCCUCCCGCUCCUCCUCCUUUCCCAUCUCUCCCUCCAUUCAUCCCUCCAUCCUUCCCUCCCUCCUCCUCCUCCGCUCUUUUCCCUUUCACCCCCACCUCUCUGUCUCUGCCUCUCCUGUUUUCCGUUGUGCAACCCAAAUGUUUUGUAUGUGGUUAUCAAACAAUGCCAGACUCAAAAGCUGUUUAUAAAUAACAUUAAACAGAAAGUGUCCUCAA